AAUUACACGAAACUAACUAAAUGGUUUCUUGUUUUUUGUAAAGACAGUCAGAAUAUUAAUUACACAAUUAUCCUACAUAACAUAUGCUUACUUGUUAUGUUUAGUGUACUUCAACAUGUUCUGUAUCACUUAAAGGGAAGAACUGAAAGGGGACCCACUGAGAAAGUGGGUGGGAUAUCUUAAUUCAGAAGGAAUAAACAGAGUUUGAACAUGCUAAAACACCUUGAAAUUUAAGGGUUGUGUAGCUACAUAAUAACUUAAUUCAUAAGCCACAACACAUUCAUGAGCAGUACACAACACAAGCAUUUAUGAAAUAGGCUACCUAUAAACUGCUGCAGUAUAAUAACAUACUGUGAUAUAACUUUAACGGAAACUUGCAGGUUCUGAAGUAAGCAUUUUGUAAAUGCAGUCCUUAUGUGCCCCUUAAAUUUCAAGGUGUUUCAGCAUGUUCAAACUCUAUAAUGUUAACCCAUCCCACCCCCCCAAAAACCUAUGAUUGCCUUUCCUUGCAGUUGAGUGGUUCAUAAUUCCUUCUGAAUGAAGAUAUCCCACCCACUUUCCCAGUGGGUCCCCUUUCAGUUCUUCCCAUUCAUUCAGAAACUUCAGAGCAAGCCGCAUAACACACAGAACGCACACUCGCACACAGAGCUGGAGCAGGAGCAGGGAGACUCUCAAAUGUGUUUUAUCCCUACAUGAGCUACCCUGUUGCAUUCGUCUCAGAAGUUGACAAAAGACAUUGACAAAAUAAUUGUGGACCAAGUAUCCAGUGAAAGUCUCAUCCCUCAAUGGAAAAAACUCCAAGCCAAGACACAGAGGAUAAUCCUUAUCUAUGUUUCCAAAGAACCCCUUCCCUAAGACGCAAAUGGAGGAAACGGUAUGGAGGUUUGGACGGCAACAAAUUACUGGAGCCAAAUAAGGAGGAGGACAUGAGAGAAAAUGACGUGAUGACAGAGGCCCAUGAAGAGAGGAAUCCUUUGCCAGUGAAAGGGGCUGAGAGCCAGGAUACAGCUUCAUCAGGGAAUGUUCCAUGUCCCAUGCCAAGAAAUUCCUUUCAGUGCCAGUCUCGGAGACCUGUCAACUUAGUGAGCCCUGGAUCAACAGGCCUGGCAUCAUUAGUUAGUAAUGGAGCUCUGAGGCCCCCUCUGCCCCAGGCAGAGCAGGAGAGGCCUGUCACCACAUCUCCCCAGCCCUGGCUCAGUGUGGGCAGGACAGAGACCACGCAGGGACACUCAAAGAGGAGGGCGGCUGCUGAUGUUCUCUUUGACAGCUUUGCCUCUGAUGAGAGAGUCGGCAUGAACCAGUUUUUUGAGACAGUGUGGAGCUCAGGCCUACACAGAUCCGACCCCAGAAUCAAGGACUGCUACUUCCAUAUGAGGAAACUGCAGGAUGAGGAUGGAACAGUAGACAGGAACACCUUUCAGAGGUGUGUUACAGGCUUUGUGUCCCUCAUUCUGAAAGCUCUACAGGGAAGGUUUGUCAUCCCCGACUUUGCCACCUUCACCGACGAAACUCAAAAGUUGUUCAUGAAAUGUAAACAGCUGUCUUCAGUCAAGGAGAAGGAUAGUAGAGACAGUGCAAAAUGGGGAGUCUCAGUCUGUACGGUUGAUGGUCAGAGGCUGUCUUUAGGCGACUGGGCCGAAUCCUGUGUUCUGGGGGAAGUAUCCUGGCCUCUGGUUUAUGGCAUUGCAAUAGACCAGCUCGGAGUGGACAACGUACACAGAUAUGUGGGCAUGGAAGAGUUCUCAAAAUAUGACUCUCCUUUCACCCUCACCAAACAAGGAGUUCCUCACAGUCCGCUCAUUGAGACAGGCGCCAUUAUUACCACAUCUUUGUUACAGUUGGCUGCUAGUCUUGGUGCAGAGGAGGAGGAAAAGUAUGAAUCUGUCUUGAAUGCUGUCAAAAGACUUUGCAAUAAGGAACAUGCAAACUUAAACUGCACAAGUUACCAGAGCUUGAGAAAGGACAGCAUCAGACUUCAUGCCUUAUCUUUUUACCUUCAAGAAAAGAAAUGCUUUCCGGAGACCGUUGACAUAAAUGCCACGUUGGAUUUAAUGCUGCAGUGUGCCUCCACAGAAGUCACGUGCGAAUCAGGGGCAGCCAUGGCAGCCUCGUUAGCCAAUGGGGGGCUCUGCCCUCUGUCAGGUGACCAGGUGCUGUCGCCCUCGGCUACAAAGAGUAUGCUCUCCAUGAUGCAAGUGGCGGGAAUGAACGACUACUCCAGAAUAUUCCAUUUUAAGACGUCUGCACCAGCCAAGUCCAGUAAAUCAGGAGUUAUGCUGGCAGUUGUCCCAGGAGUUCUAGGCCUGCUGUGCUGGUCACCUGACCUAGAUUCCUUUGGAAACUGCUGGAAGGCUGUACACUUCUGUGAGGAACUCAUAUCAACAUUCCAGCUACACAGUUUUGACAUUCGAACACCAUUCAGACAGGUGCUUACAUACAGGCAAUGGAAAGCAGAGUCUGAGGGUUAUCAGAUCAUGAACAUCUUACUGGCUGCCUUCAAAGGUGACAUACAAUCCUUGCGAAGGUACUUCCUGUCUGGGGCUGACGUGAAUGCCGUGGACUACGACGGGAGGUCCGCUCUACAUGUGGCUGCCUCCGAGGGUCACUCUGAGGUCAUCCGGUUCCUGGUGGAGAACACAGGCACCAACUACUCCCUCAAGGACAGAUGGGGUAACACACCCAUGCAGGAGGCUAUGAGACACAGCCAUGGACCUGCAGCCCAACUACUCAAGAAAUAUGAAGAGCAGCCAGUGACUCCGUGAGCAGUAAAGGCACAUACAGGAUCAACAGUUGGCGCUAAACAGAAGUUUGUCUCUCAAUUAUUUUCCAAUACAUGUGGAAAUGUGUUGUAAUUCCUAUACGUUAAUAAACUUUCUGUGAUGUAAAACA